AUGAAAGUAAAGCUGAAGGAAUGGAAUGCCAUUGCCACCUGGCAUUGGGACAUGCCCGAGGAUGAAGUCUGUGGUAUCUGUCGUGUUCAAUUCGACGGAACCUGUCCGACCUGCAAAUUCCCCGGCGAUGACUGUUCGCUCCUGCUCGGCAAAUGUGGGCAUUCGUUUCAUAUGCACUGCCUUUUGACUUGGAUUCAGCAAGAAUCCUCCAAGGGACUGUGUCCCAUGUGUCGCCAAAAAUUUGAAUGGAAACAGACCGAGGAAACGGAAGAAACGGAGGGUUCUGAGCAAUGA